CGCCGCGCUCUGCGGCGGGCUCUAGGCGAUGCCGAGCAGCUCGGACACGGCGCUGGGGGGAGGCGGGGGCCUGAGCUGGGCGGAGAAGAAGUUGGAGGAACGCCGCAAGCGGAGGCGAUUCCUGUCCCCUCAGCAGCCGCCGCUGCUGUUGCCGCUCCUGCAGCCGCAGCUCCUGCAACCGCCGCCGCCCCCGCCGCCUCUGCUCUUCCUGGCUGCUCCCGGCACGGCCGCCGCCGCAGCCGCCGCCGCCGCGGCCUCCUCCUCUUGCUUCAGCCCGGGCCCCCCUCUGGAGGUCAAGCGGCUGGCGAGAGGCAAGAGGCGCGCAGGAGGGCGGCAGAAGCGGCGCCGCGGGCCCCGCGCCGGGCAGGAGGCGGAGAAGCGUCGGGUCUUCUCGCUGCCCCAGCCGCAGCAGGACGGCGGUGGCGGUGCUAGUAGCGGCGGGGGUGUGACCCCGCUGGUGGAAUACGAGGAUGUGAGCUCCCAGUCCGAGCAGGGGCUGCUGCUGGGGGGGGCCAGCGCGGCAACGGCGGCGACGGCUGCCGGGGGAACGGGGGGCAGCGGCGGGAGUCCGGCCUCCUCCUCCGGCACCCAGCGGCGCGGGGAGGGGUCGGAGCGCAGGCCCCGCCGGGACCGCCGCAGCAGCAGCGGCCGCAGCAAGGAGCGCCACCGCGAGCACCGGCGGCGGGAUGGGCAGCGCGGCGGCAGCGACGCCUCCAAGUCCCGCAGCCGCCACAGCCACAGCGGCGAGGAGCGGGCCGAGGCCGCCAAGAGCGGCAGCAGCAGCAGCAGCGGCGGCCGCCGGAAAAGCGCCUCGGCCACGUCUAGCAGCAGCAGCAGCCGCAAAGAUCGAGACUUGAAGGCCCACCGGAGCCGGACUAAGUCGUCCAAGGAGCCGCCUUCGGCCUACAAGGAGCCGCCCAAGGCCUACCGGGAGGACAAGAGCGAGCCCAAGGCCUACAGGCGGCGGCAGCGGUCCCUGAGCCCGCUGGGAGGUCGGGACGACAGCCCGGUGUCCCACAGGGCCUCGCAGAGCCUGAGGAGCCGCAAGUCCCCCAGCCCGGCAGGAGGUGGCAGCAGCCCGUACUCUCGGCGGCUGCCGCGCUCCCCGAGCCCCUACAGCCGCCGCCGCUCCCCCAGCUACAGCCGCCACAGCUCCUACGAGCGGGGCGGCGACGUGUCCCCCAGCCCGUACAGCAGCAGCAGCUGGCGCCGCUCCCGGAGCCCCUACAGCCCCGUGAUCAGACGUUCUGCCAAAUCCCGAAGCAGAAGCCCAUAUUCAUCUAGGCAUUCAAGAUCUCGUAGCAGGCACAGAUUGUCUAGAUCCAGAAGUCGUCAUUCUAGCAUUUCUCCUAGCACACUAACUCUGAAGAGUAGCCUGGCAGCCGAGUUGAACAAGAAUAAAAAAGCCCGGGCUGCAGAGGCAGCGAGGGCUGCAGAGGCGGCGAAGGCUGCUGAGGCCGCUGCCAAAGCUGCCAAAGCUUCUAACACUUCUACACCUACGAAGGGGAGCGCGGAGACCGGGGCCGGCGCGUCACAAACCAACCACGUGAAGGAUGUGAAGAAACUGAAAACUGAACAUGCACCUUCUCCCUCAAGCGGUGGAACUUUAAAAAAUGACAAGGCAAAAACAAAGCCACCUCUUCAGGUAACAAAGGUGGACAAUAACUUGGUUGUAGAUAAAGCCACCAAGAAAGCAGUUGUAGUUGGGAAGGAGAGUAAAUCUGCUGCUACAAAGGACGAACCAGUAUCUCUUAAAGAGAAAACCAAACCACUUACACCAAGCUUAGGAGCCAAGGAGAAGGAGCACCAUGUGGCUUUAGUGACCUCUACAUUACCACCGUUACCUUUGCCUCCCAUGCUGCCUGAAGAUAAGGACACUGACAGCUUACGAGGAAAUAUUUCAGUAAAAGCGGUUAAAAAAGAAGUAGAGAAGAAACUCCGAUGUUUACUUGCUGAUUUACCACUGCCCCCAGAGCUACCAGGAGGAGAUGAUCUCUCAAAGAGUCCAGAGGAAAAGAAAACAGCAACACAGUUACAUAGUAAAAGGAGGCCUAAAAUAUGUGGGCCUCGCUAUGGUGAAAUCAAAGAAAAAGAUAUUGACUGGGGAAAGCGCUGCGUGGAUAAAUUUGAUAUCAUUGGAAUUAUUGGAGAAGGUACCUAUGGACAAGUUUACAAGGCCCGGGAUAAAGACACUGGAGAAAUGGUAGCCCUAAAGAAAGUACGUCUAGAUAAUGAAAAGGAAGGCUUUCCAAUUACAGCAAUUCGAGAAAUUAAAAUUCUCCGGCAGCUUACCCACCAGAGUAUUAUCAAUAUGAAGGAAAUAGUGACUGAUAAAGAAGAUGCUUUGGAUUUUAAGAAGGAUAAAGGUGCAUUUUAUCUGGUGUUUGAAUAUAUGGACCAUGAUCUGAUGGGACUACUGGAAUCAGGCUUGGUUCAUUUUAAUGAAAAUCACAUAAAGUCAUUCAUGAGACAGCUCAUGGAAGGUCUGGAUUAUUGUCAUAAGAAGAACUUUUUGCAUAGAGAUAUUAAAUGUUCAAAUAUUCUUCUAAAUAAUAGAGGGCAAAUAAAACUUGCAGAUUUUGGACUUGCUCGAUUGUAUAGCUCAGAAGAAAGUCGGCCGUAUACUAAUAAGGUCAUCACUUUAUGGUACCGUCCACCUGAACUGCUGUUGGGAGAAGAAAGAUACACACCUGCUAUUGAUGUGUGGAGCUGUGGCUGUAUCCUUGGUGAACUCUUCACAAAAAAACCUAUAUUUCAAGCAAAUCAAGAACUUGCACAACUAGAGUUAAUAAGCCGUAUAUGUGGGAGUCCAUGUCCUGCAGUGUGGCCUGAUGUAAUCAAACUACCAUAUUUCAACACCAUGAAACCAAAGAAGCAGUAUCGUCGAAAGUUAAGAGAAGAAUUUGUUUUUAUUCCUGCAGCCGCACUAGACUUGUUUGAUUACAUGCUCGCCUUGGAUCCCAGUAAGCGCUGCACCGCAGAACAGGCGCUCCAGUGCGAGUUCCUGCGGGACGUGGAACCCUCAAAAAUGCCUCCACCAGAGAGGUUUUUACACGCUGAGGCAAUGCACCAUAGUAAGAUGGCUGAGAGCCUUCCUUUAUGGCAAGAUUGUCAUGAGCUGUGGAGUAAGAAGCGAAGACGACAGAAGCAGAUGGGCAUGACUGAUGAUGUGUCCACAGUGAAAGCCCCCAGGAAGGACUUGUCUCUCGGCUUCGACGACAGCAGGGCCAGCACCCCGCAGGGCGCGCUGCCAUCUUCACAGCUGAAACCUCAGGCCAACUCGAGUCUCGCACCUGUAAAAACAGGCCCUGGACAGCAGUUAAACCACAGUGAAUUGGCAAUUCUCCUAAAUCUACUGCAGUCUAAAACAAGUGUUAAUAUGGCUGAUUUUGUCCAAGUGUUGAACAUUAAGGUAAACUCUGAGACUCAACAGCAGCUAAAUAAAAUAAACCUUCCUGCUGGAAUUUUGGCAACAGGUGAAAAACAGACAGAUCCAUCCACACCACAGCAGGAGUCUUCGAAACCGCUGGGAGGAAUUCAGCCUUCAUCUCAGAGCGUGCAGCCUAAAGUGGAGACCGACGCUGCGCAGGCGGCCGUGCAGAGCGCGUUUGCGGUUCUGCUGACUCAGUUAAUAAAGGCCCAGCAGUCAAAGCAGAAGGAUGUGCUGCUAGAAGAGAGGGAAAAUGGAUCAGGACACGAAGCAUCGUUACAACUCAGGCCACCUCCAGAACCUAGUACCCCGGCGUCCGGGCAAGAUGACCUCAUUCAGCAUCAAGAUAUGAGGAUGUUGGAGCUCACACCAGAACCAGACCGGCCUCGUAUUCUGCCUCCUGAUCAGCGACCUCCCGAGCCCCCUGAACCACCACCAGUCACCGAAGAAGAUCUGGAUUAUCGGACAGAAAACCAGCAUGUUCCCACCACUAGCUCUGCGUUAACUGACCCUCACGCCGGAGUGAAAGCUGCCCUGUUACAGCUGCUCGCCCAGCAUCAGCCCCAGGAUGACCCCAAAAGAGAAAGUGGUGUUGAUUACCAGGCAGGAGACACUUACGUACCCACUUCCGACUUCAAGGACAAUUUUGGAUCCUCCUCUUUCUCUUCCGCUCCCUACGUUAGCAGUGACGGGCUGGGAGGUAGCUCCGCUCCGACACUGGAACGACGGAGCUUCCUUGGAAACUCGGAUAUUCCGGCUUUGGAUAACUACAGUACUGCUUCAUCUCAUUCUGGCGGUCCGCCUCAGCCUUCAGCCUUUUCCGAGUCCUUUCCCAGUUCAGUAGCUGGCUAUGGAGACAUUUACCUCAAUACCGGUCCCAUGUUGUUUAGCGGAGACAAGGACCACAGGUUUGAAUAUAGCCAUGGCCCCAUUGCGGUCCUGGCCAACAGCAGUGACCCUCCCGCAGGGCCAGAGAGUACUCAUCCUUUGCCAGCAAAGAUGCACAACUAUAACUAUGGCGGUAACUUACAGGAAAACCCGGGCGGCCCCGGCCUCAUGCACGGGCAGACCUGGACUUCUCCUGCCCAAGGACCCGGAUAUUCACAAGGAUACAGGGGACACAUCAGCACACCAGCGGCCAGAGGUCGAGGCAGAGGGUUACCAUACUGAGUAUCUGUUUUUCCUCAGGCACAUCAUUUUUAUCUGGAAAGACUUUUCUAGCUGCAGUUUAAGGCAGCAAUCCAAGAGACUUGAAUAAUAUUAAUUCAACAACAGCUUUAUUUUUAUGUGGAAAAGGGUCUUGCAUACAAUAGUUAAAAAAGAAAAAGAAAAAAAAAACCUUUGCUUAAAUUCAUGCUGUUCUAAAAACUAGAUCUGUUGAUUGUACAUCUUCACAAAUUCUAGUUAACAGUUUUAUUUUGUAUUCUUGCAGUUUUAAGUGGAUGCUAAUCUUAGGGACAUAAGAGUCUUUUAUGGCCCUCUUGCAGAUCUUCUGAACUAUGCACAUUUGUGCUUUUUUUGUAAGUUUGGACCAACUUUUAUGUAACAACCAACCAACCCCCCCCCCUCGCUCCCCUCAGUUUUACAACAAUCAGAAAGGGCACUGAUUUAUUUGGUAUUUUCUUUUUACAAAGCUACCUUUAGUCAAAGGUCACUGUCAGUCUUUGCACCUGCUUUCAGUGUUAUUGUGAAAGGUGUACUUUGUGCUCACUUCAGAAAAUAAAACACAACCUUUCUCUUGAUGCAACAGUUUUAUAAAAAAAAAAAAAAAUGGUCAACGUUAUUUUUGUUUUAUUUUGCAGAUUAUCAUAGCCGAGCAAAAUGCAUUCAAAUGAAAUAGUGGGUUUUAUAUGAAAAAUAUGGGGUGGGGAGGGUAAGUAAGUGCCUUAACAGGUAAGCUUAAGGUCUGAAAAAGCAGUUAACCUUUACACCCAUUUGUCUAAAGGGAAUCAAUACACUGUAUUGAAGAGGCAGGGAGCUCUCCAGUGUUUUCGGGGCUGCCUGUCAGUUCCUGCUAGAUCCAUUGCCUCUUUGCCUGUCCCACUUUCUUCUUUCCUGCCUGCCGUUGGGCUGUGUUACCUUCCACUAUCACCUCGUCUUGAUGGGAGAGUGAGAGCAAAGAAAGGGACUAGAACUCCAGUCAGGACCUCGUUACUUCCAAGAAGUUCUACAAACUUAUGUCAUUUAAAUGGUUGAAAGUAAUAGCUAAAUGAGAAUUUCCGAGCACCAUUUUUUUCCGGGCUGCCAUACUGUCCCUGUUUCCUUUUGUCAUGGAUCAUUGGAAGGCAGUAGUGUAGACGCAAGGCUUCAGAAACAGAAUUUCCCUGAUUCUGUUAAAGUUUAUGGGGGAGGGGGGAGGGUGGUAAACAUCAUAUAUCUUAAGUUAUGCAAUUGCCAUUUUAAGAAAAAAUUAACUGUUCAGUUUGUUAACCAGAAACAUUGCCUAGAUUGAAUUUACCGAUGCUAAAAAGAAAAAGUAGUGAGAGGCAACCUCUUAUCUUCCCUCCUCUUACCUUCUGUGAGGUUUAUUACGACUUCUGCCAGACUUAGAGCAACUUUAGUUCAUUUUUAACAUUUUUUUCUUUUUUUAAAAGCAACAAAGAAUGACAGACUAACCCUUGUGUAAGCCGUAAUGGUGUCAAGUCUGACUAACUUUUUGUGCACGCUCACGCGCACAUAGAAUUAUAAUAAUUCUCGAAAGGAACCAAAGGUGAAGAACCAGUGUUUCCGUUAUCACUAAAUGGAAAAAUAAACUCUGGAAAUGAGAGUUGUGCCAAUUAGCCAUUUUGUUUUAACUGUUCUCCUGGUAACUUACUUUUUCAUUGGAAUUGUAAAUUGAAAGAACUGUUUUAGAAUGGAAAUUGCUCCAGUUCUAAACUCAGUCUUUUUACCCCCACGCCCUCUAUCUGACUUGUGACCCUUCAUUUCAAAACAGUAUAUGGGAAACAUUAUAGUUUGGUGACAGUAAGGAUAUUUUAAAGUGGAUAUUUUACCAUUUUACUGCUAUAAAAUGAGUUGAUGUCAGUUGAUCAUUUUAUUUUUUCAAUGGAACUUUUUUUUUGUUGGGGAGAAAUGAAUGGAAGAAGAAUUAUUUUGCUUUUAUUUGAAUAUUGCGUACUAACAACUUAUAAUAAAACUACAUUGCAGGAAGUGAAGAAAUAUUUUGAAAUUUAGCAAAAUAGCUACAGUAUUCAAGUAUCUGAAAUUUUAAUAUGGUGAGUCUUAGCGCUUUAGACUUUCCUAUAAGUAACAGUAUCUAAGUUAUUCUUAAUAGUCACACUCGAUAAUUCUGCUGACCAUAGCAGCUAACCUAAAAUUGAAGAUAUUUAUGUGACAUGAAUAGCCUGUGUUUUAAAAAUUAAAUAUUUUAUAUAAAAUUGAA